GAUUAUCACCAACAUGGCAAAGGUUCCCAACUUUCUAAGAACGUCAUGGUUCCUUGCAUUGUGCUUCCUAUAUUUUGGGUAUUCCGAUACCAACGUUACGACAGCACAAGAUGUAGGAAAAACAACAACAGAAUCUCCAACUGGAAAUUUUCCUAAUCCUAAUGUUAUUCUUACGAAUUUGAUGGAUCAAUUGAGCAACACAACCUUUUUUGAUCUCCUAAAGAAGCUGAAUUCUUCGACACAGAGUGCAUCGCAGAAUGCACAACUGCUAAAAGCCAUCUCGCAAUCAUUUCGUGCGAUGAAUCCCUUGUCUCUUUUCACUACUUCAGUAAUGAACAAUCUAAAACGUUUAAACCUCGGGCAAUGUGGUAAAGACUUGCAAAUGAUCGCAAAUGAAACUGCCGUCAUGGUGAAGUAUAUUGACGCUGCUGGAAAACCUCACAGUGGACUGACUGAAGGAAACAAUUAUUGGGGUGGUGCACACGAAAACAUACCAUUCAUAUCUUGGACAGGUUGCUUUCCACAAAGUUGCACUUCAGAUAAUGCUUCUGCCAUUCUGAAGGUUGCGACCAGUCAAGUAUCUAAACUCACAGACAAAGCCGUGGAAAUAUAUGUAUACGGCACCAAAUGUAUCAAAGGACCGGGAUAUGACACUGGCACUAAAUUGACAAUUGCAUUUUGUGGUGUAUUGAUGCUUCUAUGCUUGAUUGGAAGCAUACUAGAUGCGAUUCGGAAGCAUCACAAAACUGUUGAAGAAACAGGAAUAUUAUCCGAUGCAGAGGAAGACUUUGAGAUGGAAGCAAAUGGUAAACGGAUGCAGCAAGAAGACGCAGUUGCAAUCAAUCGUAAAAUGACGACAAUUUUAAGAUCGAAAACUGCGGAGGUGUUCUUAUGUUUUUCUCUCCAACGGAACACAAGGAAAAUUUUCGACACGAGUGUUUCAAGCGCUGCUAUUACAUCCAUUAAUGGUAUACGAGUGAUCAGUAUUUUCUGGAUUAUCCUGGGACAUGUGUAUCUUCGCAGCCUCCACAACUUUCUACUCACAAACAAGAAGGAGUUCCUUCGCCAAGCUGAGUCUGUCACUGUAAUGGCCGUUGCUAAUGCUUUCUUUGCUGUAGACAGUUUCUUUUUCUUAAGUGGACUUCUCGUAGCAUAUACAUGUUUGAGAAAAAUGGAAAGAACUCAAGGCAAAGUUAAUUGGGGAUUGUUUUACCUCCACAGAUAUUUAAGAUUAACUCCGUCUCUAAUGUUCGUUGUUCUGUUUGCGGUUCAUAUCAAAGGAAUCUUAUCUGAUUCACCUACAUGGUUGAGUUUAUACAAAGAAAAAAAUUGCGAAGAUAAGUGGUGGACAAAUAUGUUGUACAUCAAUAACUUCUAUCCGAAAGAGGUCAACGAUCAGUGCAUUGGACGGGCUUGGUAUUUAGCAAAUGAUAUGCAAUUCUACGUAAUUUCACCGAUACUUAUAGUUUUGGCGUACAGAUUUGGAUGGCGAGGAUUAUUUGCAGGAACUGGUGUACUGAUGGCAAUAAGCACAAUAACAAUUCCAUCAAUCUAUGUUGGUUAUGACGUGGAUCCUUUAAUAGUUCUCAAAUCCCUUCGACCAAUUGCAGAUGGGGGGAGAAAAAUAGCGGAAUACAUGAAAUAUGAGUAUACUAAACCGUACUGUCGCAUUCAGCCUUAUCUGGUGGGAUUUAUCAUUGGUUACGUCAUCUACAAGAAAUACCGUAACCCCUUUAAAAAACACGGUUGGUUAAUUGCAAUCACCGGCUGGUGCGUGGCAUUUGCCGUUGCUAUGACAAUGGUAUAUGGGCCAUGCAAGUCGGCAGUUCGUGGUGAAAAUGAAUGGACUCUAAGGGGAGAAAUUGUCUUUGGAACACUUCAGCGACUCCUCUGGGGACUGGCGGUUGCAUGGGUUACCUAUGCUUGUCACUUUGGUUACGGAAGUUACAUUAACGAGUACUUGUCUGCAAGAUUCUGGAUCCCACUCAGCCGAUUGACCUACUCUGUUUACCUCAUUCAUAUGAUCGUUAUUCACUACAUGUUGUAUGCAGCAAAUGGCUCUAUGCAUUACAGCAUUGCAUUUACGGUAUAUUAUUUCUUGGCGUCAGUCGUGUUAUCAUUUGCUGGAGGCUACAUUCUAGCUGUUGUCAUCGAGUUCCCAGUGGAAAACUUGGAGAAACUGUUUCUAAAAUAAUUCAUUUAUUUUUCCAUUUAACAUACUUUUUCGCUUUUUACGUAUCAAUAAUCAAAUAUUAAUGUAGUCUAAAUACAUAAAUCGACAUAAAUUGCAGUUAAUAAAUCUGUCGGCAACUUA